GCGAUAGUUCAACUGGAAGUUCCACUAGUCCCACGACUGUCUUGGAAACUUGGUGUCAUAUGGUUAUCUUGUAACUAUGUCUACGUUAACGGCUGAGCAACAGCGAAAAAUAGAAGAAAACAGACAGCGAGCACUGGCAAGGAGAGCAGAGAGACUAGCGCAGGGCUCUCGUCAGCAGGAUACUGGAACAAGCAACGCGAAUGCUUGCAGUAGACCCCCAGGCAACAGUGUAUUAUUAUCCACAACAGAGCCGACAACCGCAGUGUAUAGCAGGCCAGUAGAGAAGUGUCAACCCGAUGCGGCUACUGCAAGCAAACAGGCUAAACUGAUAGACCCCCUUCCCCUUCAUAAAGGACCAGAAACUCAGCACAGGACAGAGUAUCGUCCCACAAACCCGUCUGCCUUUAAAUCUCCACAGCCAAACAGUGCUUCCAGUUUUACACCACCACAAUCAACAAACAGGUUGGGCUUUAAACCGCCUCAGUCUACGAACACUUCACACAUCAAACCACCACCACAGAAUACGAACGCUUCAAACUUCAAACCACCACCACAGAAUUCAAAUACUUCAAGCUUCAAACCACCACCACCACCACAACAGUCUACAAACUCUUCCAGCUUCAGACCUCAACAGCCUGCCAAGUUAGUUGACGGCUCCUCGGGAGUGUGUGGAGCAGCCUCCAAGGCCACCAACUUCUACGGUUCAGGGCCUCGCCAGUUAGCACAAGCUCCUGCUGCUGCUGCUGCUGCUGCAGCCUCCUCUGCGUCUCAUGCUUCUUCUGCGGAGAAACAGCCACCCCGAGCCCCAGAGGCAGCUGGAGGAGCAGCUGCGAAGAAGCCGGCUAUUUCCGUGAGAGGGAGAUGUGUGUCUCAUGGCGCGGAGCGCUUCAGAGUGGAGGUCGGCUACCACGCACAGCUCAUCGCUGCGUUCAAGAACGUCCCCUCCAGGAACUACGAUCCCGCAACAAAGAUGUGGAACUUCGGUCUGGAGGACUACGGCCAACUGAUGGCGGAAGCCGCCGGCAUCCCCGCGGUGGCCCUGAAACCGCUGGAGGGGAUGGAGGGGCUGGACGUUGCCGUGGCGACCAGCCGGGCGCGGGACGGCGCGGCGCUGGCGGCGCUGAUGAAGCUCUGUCAAGGCUGGCAGAAGCCCGGCGCGGGCGUGCACGGGCAGUGUGUCCUCACCAGCCGCGCCCGCUUUGAGGUGGACGUGCCCUACCAAGCCGACGUCAUCGCGGCCUUCAAGCAGAUGCCCUCCAGGAACUAUGACAUGAAGACCAGGAAGUGGAGUUUCCUGCUGGAGGAUUAUGGGAAACUGAUGGAGGUGCUGAACGGCAUCUCGUCGGUGGAGGUGGAGCCCCUGCCCAGGGCGGUGGUGCAGAUCCUCUCGUCCCAGUUUGAGAAGAGCGCGUCCCGGGGAGCAGGAGCAGGGGCAGGGGCAGGAGCAGGGGCCGGAGAGGUGGAGGAGGCGGACCUGUCACAGGUGGACCACACCAUCACCAAGAGCCUCAUGCCCUUCCAGAGAGAAGGCGUCUACUACGCGGUGUCCAGGGAGGGCCGGCUGCUGCUGGCCGAUGACAUGGGCCUGGGGAAGACGGUGCAGGCCAUCUGCAUCGCUGCCUACUACAAGAGCGAGUGGCCACUGCUGGUCGUGUCGCCGUCCUCCGUGCGCUUCACCUGGGCCGAGGCGUUCCGGCGCUGGCUGCCGUCGGUGGGGGCUGAGUGUGUGAACGUGUGUGUGACGGGGAGGGACAGCCUGCGCGGGGGCCUGGUCAACAUCGUCAGCUACGACCUCCUGAGCAAAGUGGACAAGCAGAAGCCCGCAGAGCCCUUCAACGUGCUCAUCAUGGAUGAGUCCCACUUCCUGAAGAACAUGAAGACCGCGCGCUGUCGAGCAGCCCUGCCUCUGUUAAAGGCGGCCAAGCGAGUGAUUCUGCUGUCGGGGACCCCAGCCAUGUCCCGCCCCUCGGAACUCUACACCCAGAUCCUGGCGGUGCGGCCCUCGCUUUUCCCGCGCUUCCACGACUUCGGCAUGCGCUACUGUGGAGCCAAACAGCAUGCGUGGGGCUGGGACUACUCGGGCUCGUCCCACCUGACGGAGCUGCGCGUGCUGCUGGAGGAGAGCCUGAUGCUGCGGCGGCUCAAGAGCGAGGUGCUCUCCCAGCUGCCCGCCAAGCAGCGCAAGGUGGUCGUGGUCACCACCGACGGCAUCAACACCCGCACCAAGGCCGCGCUGUCCGCCGCCGCCAAGGACCUCGCCAGGGGAGGCCAUAACAAGAUGAAAGAGAAAGAAGCUCUUCUGGUUUAUUUUAACCACACGGCGGAGGCCAAGAUCCGGGCCAUUAUGGAGUACAUCAUGGACAUGCUGGAGUGCAGAGAGAAGUUCCUGGUGUUCGCCCAUCACAAGCUGGUGCUGGACAGCAUCACCAGGGAGCUGGGAGAGAAGGGUGUGAGCUUCAUCCGUAUUGACGGUUCUACGCCGUCUGCGGAGCGUCAGCAGCUGUGCGAGCGGUUCCAGUUCUCGGAGAAGAGCUGCGUGGCCGUGCUGUCCAUCACCGCCGCCAACAUGGGCAUCACGCUCCACGCCGCCAACCUGGUCGUGUUCGCCGAGCUCUUCUGGAACCCGGGGGUGCUGGUCCAGGCGGAGGACCGGGUGCACCGCAUAGGGCAGACCAGUAAUGUGGACAUCCAUUACCUGGUGGCCAAAGGCACCGCGGACGACCAUCUCUGGCCGAUGAUUCAGGAGAAAAUGAAUGUACUGGAGCAGGUGGGACUGUCCGAGGCCAAUAUCUCCGACAGGGCCGAGUGUGCCAGCUUCCACAGCAAGGACCCCACGCAGAGCACCAUCACGGAGAUGUUCCAGCGCUCGUUUACGGAGGACGAGGCGGACGAGGCGGCUCUGCUGGAGGCCGUGAGCGACUGGGACGACGCAGACGCAGACGCAGUCAAGGGCAGCAGCAGCAGCAGCAGCAGCAGCGUGCCUCGGAACGCAGACAAGUUCUCCGAGAGCCCCAGCAAGAAGAGACGCUUGGAGCACUACUUCAGCCGCUGAGACGACCGCACUUAGACGACAUAGACAACUAUAUCUGCCCAUGAUCCGACCGCAGUGAGACGACAUAGACAACUAUGAUGACCUGAUAGCGUUUAGACAGUAUGGACGACUAUGAUGACCUGAUAGCGUUUAGACAGUAUGGACGACUAUGACGACCUGAUAGCAUUUAACUUUAGACAGUAUGGACGACUAUGACGACUGGAUUGCGUUUAGACAGUAUGGACGACUAUGACGACCUGAUAGCGUUUAGGCAGUAUGGACGACUAACACGACCGGAUAGCGUUUAGACAGUAUGGACGACUAUGACGACCGGAUAGCGUUUAGACAGUAUGGACGACUAUGACGACCGGAUAGCGUUUAGACAGUAUGGACGACUAUGACGACCUGAUAGCGUUUAGACAGUAUGGACGACUAUGAUGACCUGAUAGCGUAUGGACGACUUUGACGACCGCAUAGCGUUUAGACAGUAUGGACGUUUAUGAUGACCGCAUAGCGUUUAGACAGUAUGGACGACUAAAUCGGCCGAUGACCUGAUUGUAGUUGGACCUUAAAUUACAAGAGGACUGCGUUAGCCAAUGAUUAGUCUUCAGCUUGCCAGCAACAUCACUACAGAGAUGUCCCUUUUAAAAAGGCUGAUUUGUUUGAUUAUGCUCUUUUGAUUAUGUUUUUAUUUUUGUUUGGUUAAAUAUGUUAAUAAUAAUAAUAAAUAUUUUAUAUUCGUAACUGAUGUUGAACCUUACCAUCAUGAAAGAUCGCUUGAGAUCUGAGUCCGCUCUUUGUGUGCCUUCUGUGAGAAAAGCCUGCGUAGCUUGCUGAAUAUAAUAAAGAGUGUUUAUUU